ACUUUAAGUUAAUUUCAAUUUAGUACGUCAUAAUUUGGAUUUAUUUUCACAUUUGACUGAAAUCCUAAUUUCGACUGUCAUCAUUUUUUGUGAUAAUGUAAACUUUUAUGUCAUAAUUAUAUUUUAAGUAAUAAUUCUGAUUUUUUGCGACUCAUAAUUUCGAUUUGCUCAUGAUUUACAAAAGCAUGUUUUCUUAUGUAGAGAGAGAGAAGAGAGCCAAUCAUGAAGUUCCUCUAUAGCACUCAGCGCGCUCAUCUCUGCGCAUGCGCAGUGGAGUCUGCGCGCUGUCCCUGGUGCUGAAGCGUCAGUACGUCGAUCAUUCUUCAAAGUUAAAUCGAAACGCCUUCAUAAAAAUCGUUCAUAUACGCAAGAAUGCGAAAGUCAUUGAGUUUAAAAGCUCAUUUGUGUGACGUUUCAGCUCUGAUCACUGGACAACUGAGGAACGCGAACAGCUCAGGUAAUUCAGCUCUGUUUACAUUCUAGUCAUUUAAGUCUCUGUAAAAUGAUAACACUGAUAUUUAUUCAUCUUUAAUGUCCACAAACAACCUUGUAUAUCGCUACACAACUAAACACGUGUCAAUUGUGUCAAGUUUGAUGUCAGACUGGCUCUUAAUCUGAUGGACGCGCGUCAUGAUGAGGCGCGCUCCGUGUCGCUGGUGUGCGCGUCACACGGCCAGCGCGUGCUCGGGGUUCUUCAGGAUUUCCGGGAGAGGGGCGCGCUGUUCGACUUCCGCAUCCGGGUGCAGGGGGAGACGCUCCCGUGCCACCGCUGUGUUCUCGCGGCCUGCAGUGACUUCUUCAGGGCCAUGUUUGAGCUGGACACGCGUGAGCGAGACGACGGCUCCGUCACACUCAGUAACCUCUCGGCUCCCGCCGUUCACGCUUUCCUCGACUUCGCUUAUUCCGCUCGCAUAGAGAUCAGAGAAGACAACGUGGACAUGCUGUUUCAACUGGCUUCUUUCCUGCAGGUCAGCUUUCUGUCACAUGCUUGCAGUGACUUCCUGGUCCAAACCCUGGAUCUCUCGAACUGCCUGCACCUGUUAGCGGUCGCGGAGGGAUACGGUUCUGCGCACCUGCUAAGUCGCGCCACAGAGUUCGUCACGCAUAACUUCCACACGCUUUCCUCCAGACCGGAUUUCCUGGAGAUGCCGGCAGUGGUGCUGGAGCGCUGCUUAGCAUCUGAUGCGCUCCGCGUACCGGAUGAGGCUAGCGUCCUGCGCGCGUUACUUCGCUGGACGCAGAGCGACUCGCAGUCGCGUGAGAUCCUGCUGCCGGAGCUCCUGCCGCGGGUCCGUUUGCACCAUCUCCCGGCCGCCACGCUGGAGGACACCAAGCAUCUGCUAACCAACAACGGACCUUGCGUUAGCAUUGUUAGCGAAGCACUCACGCGCACUCGGGAAUCCACCGGGUUGUUUUCCGAUGCUCGGCCUUCGACGACUUCAAGCUACAUUUUCGUUCACAAAACGGAGGAAAGCUCUGAGAAUCGGUCUACAUUCUGCUACGAUGUCGCCGCUAACCGCUGGACGGAGUUGACGCAGGAUGCGGCACACAUUUUAGAUCUACCCGGAUCGGCUCUCGUCGGCUUCGCUGAGAAGCUGUUCGUCGUCGGUGGAUGUCGCGGGAGUUGCCGUCGCGCGGUUCGCCUGCACAUCGCCGCACCGGAGCACGAUGCUACAGAUGAAGUCUGGUGCUACUGUCCUGUCGCGCGUAGCUACACGCCAACUCUGCGUAUGCACCACCCGCGUACCAUGCACACAUGCGUCGCCGCUAUGCACCGCAUCUACGCCAUCGGUGGGAAAAACGUUCUAGAUGUGGAAUACUUUGAUCCCGUUAGCAACAUUUGGAAAUCCGUUAGCCCACUUCCAAAGGGGAUCUACUUUCCCGAAGCGAGCGCGUGUGGAAGCGUUAUCUACGCUCUCGGAUCCGAGGUCGAGAUCUCCGAAGCCUUCAAUCCGUCGUUGGAUUGUUUCUUCCGCUAUGACGCUGUCGCGGAUCAGUGGUGCCAGCUAGUGGCGGAGUUCGGACAGUUCUUCCACGCCACACUCGUCAAGUCCGUGUCCGUGAACGACACGCUGUUCCUCUGCGAUCUGUCCACGUAUAAAGUCUUCAGCUUCUGCGCGGACACCUGCGUGUGGAAAGGCGAGGGGUCGUUCGAGUGCGCGGGGUUUAACGCAGGCGCUGUCGUCGCGCAGGAUAAGAUCUAUAUACUGGGCGGGGAUUAUUCGCCGGACGAGAUCUCGGACGAGGUGCAGGUGUACGACAGCCGGCGCUCAGAGUGGCGGGAAGUGGCGCCGAUGCCGCGAGCGUUAACGGAGUUUCACUGUCAGGUGAUCAGAUUCAAUCGCUACAGAGACCCCUGGAGGACUGAUCACGCCAUCGCAAACUAAACUCACUC